AUGCACCCACAGCCUGUUGUGUUUGGUUUUCUCCUCUGUUUCCUGACAGAUCACAGAGACCCCCCUCAGCCCAGGCUGAUAGUGAGUCAUACAGUCGUCACAGAGAGAGACUCAGUUCAGCUGAUCUGUGAGACUCCAUCAUCUGUUUCUGUGCUUCAGUGUAUCUUCUUUGAAUACGAGAGACCUAUUCUUUCAGACACAUCCUGUAAACAGACUGUCACAGGAACUCAGCUGCUUUCUUGGGCAGGUCAAAAAUCACCAGCUGUGGUCCAGGUGAAGUGUUACUACAUUUUAGAAAGUAAUCACGUAUCUCCUUCCAGUAACCAAGGCUUUGUCACUGUCCAGGAUUUCAUUCCUAGCUCUACUUUGAUACCCAAAACCCCAUUGAGAGCAACUACUGGUUCAACCACUUCUUUGACCCCUACAGCAACUACAUCAGAUCACAGAAACCUCCCUCAGCCCAGUCUGAGAGUGAAUCCUACAGUCAUCAGAGAGAGAGACUCAGUUCAGCUGAGCUGUGAGACUCCACCAUCCGUCUCUGUGUCUCGGUGUAUCUUCUAUAAUGAAGCGAGACUUGAUCUUCCAGACACAUCCUGUAAACAGACUGUCACAGGAACUCAGCUGCUUUCUUUGGCAGGUCUAAAAUCACCAGCUGUGGUCCAGGUGAUGUGUUACUACAAUGUAGAAACAUAUCCCUCAUCUUCUUUCAGUAACACAGUCAUUGUCACUGUCCAGGAUUUCAUUCCUAGCUCUACUUUGAUACCCAAAACCCCAUUGAGAGCAACUACUGGUUCAACCACUUCUUUGACCCCUACAGCAAAUACAUCAGUGAAUAUAUUAUGGCUUGCCGCAGUGGGUGCGGUUUCUGGAGUGGGCGGGUUCCUGGUGGGACUGACCGCUGUCUGUCUAUGUAUGAAGACCAAAAGAAACACAUUUCAGAGACCUCAAGCCCAACAGAAUGAUCAUAACCAACAAUUUGUGAUGGGAACCAACCGGAGUGGAAGCCUGGUGGAUUCAGGGAAUGAGGGACUUUGUUCUCUCAUCCCCUCUGAUGCAUCCACGUUCAUGCCCUCAUGUCCUGUUGGAGAGAAUGGAGAAUCAUCUGAAUAUGUCAAUCCUGAUACAUACCAUGUCUACUCUUCAAUCCCGUACAGACCAGCAGUCCCAGCCCAGACAAACUACAUCAGAGGCUUUCUGUAGAUACAUAGUCUUUUGUACAGUUUUGUGUUUUAUUUUCUCUCUUUAAUUAAUUAGGGGGCCAAGCAACAGCAGAAAUCAGUGAAUGAAAUUGAGC